UGAAUUCUCUCAACAUUUAUCCGUGGCGCAAGUCCAAUAUAAGCUUCUAUUCAUUGUAUUCAACUUACUUGACAGUUACGGAGCUCUCCGUCUUGCGCCGUUUUUUGCUUGCAAAUCUAUAAUUCUUCACAACGAUAACAAGUCAGGAUUAUAGGCAUCUUGAUCGUUUCACAGACCAUGUUGGAUAGGUCGGUAAACGAACGAGGUGUUUUUAAAAAUAGCAGAAGACUCUUUGUAACAAGUGGAUUUACGAUAUAAAUUCACGAUUCUCGUUAAUUUGGUUAAUUCGAUUUUUAUUUUGUACAUUUUUACCCCAAAAAGUGAUCAACUGUUAAACACAACGCGUAUAUAUUUUGAAUAAAAAUGUUUACUAAAGCUUUUAGAGUCAAAUCAAAUAACCAACUAAAGGGUACAGAAAGGAAAAAACUAAGUAACGAUCUAAAUCAAGCGUACCCUAGUCUCCAGCAAGAAGAUAUUCAAAAAUUACUUCCCAAGAAAGAAGUAAUUAGUGUUGUUAAAGUAGUAACUCAUAGUGAAAAAAUUGUUAAAAUUUAUUACAAUGACAAAAUUCCACUUUUCUUUCAAAUUGAUUCAUCUUCAAUAUUAUUUCCAACAAUAUUUACUCUGUGGAACUAUCCUGGUUUACUAUAUUCAUACAUAACUCGAACAGCAGUUGUACGUAAUUUGACAAAUGGAGCUAAUUUAAUGUUGCCUGGUGUUGUGAUUGAUGGACCAAUUAAAUUUCAUUCUUAUGGCAAGUUGUCUAAAGGAACUCCAGUAUCUAUUAUCACUGAGGAUAAUAAGGCACCAGUUGCAGUUGGUUUUACCUCCCUUUCUAGUGAAGAUAUGUACAUGUCAAAUGGUCAUGGAAAAUGUGUAGAUAUUAUGCAUGUAUUUGGUGAUUAUUUGUGCGAUAUAGAUAAAGCACCGUUAAGGCCAAACCUUGGACCCGCAUUUCUUCCACCUACUGAAUCUACAGAUUUACAGACAGAAGACAUCACAACUAAUUCCGAAAUCAAUAACCAGAUGGAAAUGGUAAAUUUAAAUGAGCCUAGUUUAGAAGAGAAAAAAAUAUUGGAUAAUACAAUUGCAAAUAAUAAAAAUGAAGCUGCACCUGCAUCUGAAGAAACAAGUUUGAAUUUAGAUGAUGGCAAAGAUGACCUUGUAAAGGAAAUGGAUCAAUUACUUCAGUACUGUUUCAUUAAAGCCAUUAAAACGACAUUUAAAAAAGGAGAUUUACCAAUUAUUACUUCAACAUUUUUCAAAAAUCAUGUUAUUAGAGCUUGCCCCCCUGGAAGUUCAGUUGAUGUUAAAAAAUCUUCUUAUAAAAAACUAUCAGUAUUUUUGGCGCAUUUAAAAAAUGAAGGAUUAAUUGAUACAUCUUCAAUAAAGGGUGUAGAAAGUCUAAUAUAUAUCAAAUAUGAUCAUCCUCUGAUAAAAAAUUUAACUGUAAUGGAAGAGGCAGUUAUAGAAGAAAAUACAACAACCUCACCAGUAAUAUCAGAGUGUUACAAAGUCACUGCCGCUGUAGCUCCUAUAUUAUCUAAAUUUGGUUUCGAGAAAGGAGAUAUUUUGAAAAGACAAGAAAUUCGAAAAUGUUUCACAGAUUAUGUAAAAAAGGAAAAUUUACAAGAUGGAAAAACGUUAAAGAUUGAUCCUUUACUUGCUGACGUUUUAAAAACAAAAGAAAGUCAGUUAACAAUAACUAUGGAGGAUGGUAUAAAUAAAUUUAUUGGAAAAAUGACACACACUCAUGAAGUUACUGUAGGUGGCAAAACGAUAUUUUACAGUGGAAAACUAGAACCCAUUGAUAUAACAGUUGCAACAAGAUCAGGAAACAAAAAAGUAACAUUGAUUAAUAACUUGGAAGUGUAUGGCAUUAAAUUGGAUGAGUUCAGUAAGGAAUGUCAAGGUAUAGGAGCUAGUGCUACUAUUACUGAUGUGCCUGGUAAAAAAACACCAAGUGUACUUGUUCAAGGAAAUCAAGUUUUAUAUGUAUAUAAACUUCUUACAGAAAAAUAUAACAUAAAUAAAAAUCAUAUCAAAGGUUUGGAAUUCGCUCCAAAGAAAAAAAAGUAGCCGAUUUAUCUAAUGAUGCAAAAUUUAAAUGAAUGUUGAAAUUAUUUUCAACUGCAAUAAUAAAACCCUGUUGAAUUAUCUGAAAAUGAGAAUCUCUAGAGUUGGACAUGUAAAAUGAAAUUGAUAUUAUUAAAAUUAUAAAACGUUUAUACUAGUCCUAGAAACUUCGAAUUUUAUUAACUUGCGUGAAUCUCGUAUUAUGUAGUAAAAAUGAGAUUUCUGUGAUGUUGCUUGUACUUGUAUGAAUUAUUUUCAAAAUUGAUUGGCAUUUAUGACUCAAAUCAGCAAUUAUAACACGGAGAAUUGAAUAUUUUAUAUAGAUUAAUAUUAUUUAUAAGUUUCUGGGAUUAAGUCAAAUGUAAAUUUUGUCUACACAGAUUUUGGAUUUAGCAUAAUUUUUUCAAAAAUAAUGCACUUGUAAAUAUAUACUUCUUUCGUCAAUGAAAAGAGUUGUACAAAUGGCACUUUAUAACUUCUGUACUACUAAAAUAUGUUUUAGAGUAAGAGAUUAUGGAAUAAAUAAUGAUUUCAACAGAGAGAAAAA